GCUGCCCCGGGGGCGGGGACUGAAGGGCCUUCCGGCCGCAGAGGCAGCCACAGGCGACCAGGCCCUUGGGUCCGGGAGCGGCAGCGCCGACCCGGCUGAAGCCGAGCGACUGGGCAGGGCUGCGGUGAGCCCGGAGACAGCGGCGACCCCUGAUAGGGCUCCAGCCUGGCCCCUCGCUCCCAGCACCCGGGUCGGCGCUCCCUACACCCCACCCCGCUGCCUCGAGGAGCAGGGUUCGGCGGCGGAAGCCUCCUCACUUUCACUUGCAUCCGCGGGGCGGGGUUCUGGGGGUGCGGCUUGGAAAGGGCCGACCCCACCCUUUUCCAGGCCUUUCCAUGGCGGGCGCAGGUGAAGACCCCACCCUGUUCACUGCCCACUCUCUGCCCAGUGACCGCCGGCUCUGGGCCAGCGUGACCAACGCCUACUUGGGCACGCGUGUCUACCACGACACGCUGCACGUGAGCGGCAUAUACAAUGGGGCCUUGGGGGACACGCACCGUGCCGUCCUGCCCAGUCCCCUCAACAUCCGGCUGGAGGCCCCCGAGGGGACAGGAGAGCAGCUGACCACAACCUUCGUCCUGGACACUAACACAGGCUCCUUUCUGCACGCCCUGGAGGGGCCCAGCUUCCGGGCCUCCCAGCGCAUCUACGCCCACCGCACGCUGCCGCACGUGCUGGUCUGCGGCGUGUCCCUCGCCCGCCGGGGCCCCGGGGGCCAGCCCGUCACCGUGAGGCUGCGGUCCGCCUUCUCCCCAGAAAGCCCGGACCUGGCCCUGCGUCUGGGGCCUGACUUCCGGGGAGCGCGGUACCUGUACGGCCACACGCUCACUCCUGAGCACCCAGGGGCGCCGCGGCAGGAGGUGCACAUGCUGUGGACGCCAGCACCCACGGCCCUGACCCUGGGGGAGGGUCAGCAGCACAGGACCUGGGAGUUCCUGGCCGUGGUGGGCGGCAGCCAGGCCGAGGCCCAGGCCUGCCUCGCUGAGGCGCUGCGGCUGCAGGCCGGCGGCACCCUGUACGCCGUCCACGCCCUGGCCUGGGCCCGGCUCUGGGACAGCUGUGGCCUGGAUGUGGUGGGGCCCCUCCCCCUGCGCCAGGCCCUGCGAGGUGCCCUGUACUACCUGCUCAGUGCCCUGCCUGAGCCCGGGGCCCCAGGACAGGUCUGCCACGGACUCAGCCCCGGGGGGCUCUCCAACGGGAGCCGCGAGGAAUGCUACUGGGGCCACGUGUUCUGGGACCAGGAUCUCUGGAUGUUCCCCAACGUCCUCCUGUUCCAGCCCGAGGCCGCCCGGGCUCUCCUGCAGUACCGCAUCCAGACACUGGGUGGAGCCCUGCUCAAUGCCCAGAACCUGGGCUACGAGGGGGCCAAGUUCGCCUGGGAGAGUGCCGUGUCUGGCCUGGAGGUCUGCCCGGAGGACAUUUACGCGAUCCAGGAAGUCCACGUCAACGGGGCCGUGGCGCUGGCCUUCCAGCUGUACCAGCACAGCACCCAGGACCUGCAGCUCUUCCGAGAGGCUGGUGGCUGGGACGUGGUCAGUGCCGUGGCGGAGUUUUGGUGCAGCCGAGUCACGUGGAACCCCACAGAAGAGAAGUACCACCUGAUUGGAGUCAUGCCCCCCGACGAGUACCACUCGGCGGUCACCAACUCCGUUUACACCAACGUCCUGGCCCAGAGCAGCCUGCGCUUUGCUGCCGCCCUGGCCCAGGACCUGGGUCGGCCCGUCCCCCGCCGGUGGCUGGAGGUGGCUGAUAAGAUCAAGGUGCCCUUUGACCCGACACGGAACUUCCACCCCGAGUUUGACGGGUAUGAGCUCGGAGAGGAGGUGAAGCAGGCAGAUGUCGUGCUCCUGGGGUACCCCGUCCCCUUCCGUGUGAGUCCUCAAGUUCGCAGGAACAACCUGGAGGUGUAUGAGGCCGUGACGUCUCCCCGGGGCCCCGCCAUGACCUGGAGCAUGUUUGCUGUGGGCUGGAUGGAGCUGAAGGAGCCCCGGCGGGCGUGGGACCUCCUGCAGAGGAGCUUCGCCAACAUCACGGAGCCCUUCAAGGUGUGGACGGAGAAUGCAGACGGGUCCGGGGCCGUGAACUUCCUGACGGGCAUGGGGGGCUUCCUGCAGGCGGUACUCUUCGGGUUCACGGGGUUCAGCGGAGGUCUCCGGCCUACGCGUCUCUGGCGUCUCCUACCUGGGGCGCAAGCUCGACUUCUCCUUCUCCGAGGACUCCGUGACAGUCGCGGUCAGGUCCCGGGCGGGGCCCCGGGCGCCUCUGCUGGAGGUGGAGCUGUGGCCGUCACAGGACCGGCUGCCCCUGCCCCCAGGACACAAGGUCUCCUUCCCCCGCUGUGCCGGCCGGAUACAAAGUUCGGUCUCGUAGGGCGCGGUGGCAGCAGGCCUUGCUCCAAGGAAACCCAGGAGAGGCCGGUGCAGACACUGGAGCCCAGCGCAGCCCCUCUGGGACCCGGGGGCCCUCUGGACCCACAGAGUCCCUCACGGGGCGCUGAGGUCCUGCCCCUGCCCCGGCAGUGCUGGGGGCUUCAGGGACACCUCUGGGGUGCUCCCCGCUUCAUGGACGGGGUCCCAGCCCACCGUCCGACACCCUCCCACCCUCCACCUGGCAGCCAGCUUCCUGGGCUCCGGGCAACGUCUGGGUUCCGUGGCCUGCAGUGCAAGACCCUGCUGAAACCCCACAGACAGGGGGCUUCCCCGUGGCCUCCCGCGCCAGCGGAUCUGGCCCGCUCCUUGGGGCUGACACCCGCACCUGCCGUGGCCCCCAGGAGGGGUGGGGAGCACGGGCACCCUGCUGCAGAGGCAGAGGCAGGGUGA